AUGAAUGAAGUUAUAUUAUCAAAAAUGUCUUCGAAGACUCAGCCUGAACCUCCAGCAUAUCCCAAACCUUUACUAGGCCGCAAGUUUGCUCCAAUUAUGGGUGCUGUCGAAAAGCGCACGACUGCUGGAAAAACUCAAUUUCAAGAUUUCGACCUCUCUGAGAUCCCAGCAACUGGGAAAUCAAGACCUCAAGUCUCUUCCAGAUCUGGUACAGCAUCUCGAAGAAAUUUAACAGGAUCAGCACAAGAUGGCCAUACUCAAAUAAUUGGCAGAGAAAACAGAGAAACUGCAUGCAUAAAAACUCUUCAAAUAGGCUACCCACAGUCCUAUAUCGACUUAUUCUACCUCACCCAUGGUAAAUUUCAAAACCUCGAAAUAAAAGAACAAGUAAUCAAGGACUUACGAGAAAGACUAAUCCCUGCUGAGCAGCUAAACCGAGAAGGCGACUACCCAGGCUCUUUCCAAGGCUACCACGAGCUUGGCAACUAUUUCGAAAGAAUGGAAAUUUAUGACGCCGCUACCUAUUUUUAUGACCGCUGUACCGAAAUUGCCAAUAAACGAGAACUUUUCUAUGAAGCAACCACAGCUUACCAAGGGCUCGGAAAUUGUGCUUACAAAACUAAAAAAAUAGAACUCGCCAUCUCUAUGUACGAAAGAGGAGCCAAAAUAGGCGAAAUGCACGAUUUAAAGCAUUCAGUUAUUACAAUCAGCAGAUCUCUUAUAGAAGUAUAUAGACUAGAGGCUGAUAAGCUGGAAGAAGAAGGGAAAACUGAGCAGGCGCUAGAAUACCAUUUAAGAUGCUUAGAAAGUGCUAAAAAUGCUGAUGAUUUGAUAGCGCAAGGAACUGCGUGCUAUAGGAUGGGAUUGAUUUAUUUUCAAAAUACAGACUAUCAGACUGCUUUGGAAUAUUUUCAAAAAUAUUUGGAAUUGAGCAGAUCUGCAGAUUACCUUGAUGGAGUAACAAAUGCCUUGGCGAAAAUUGCGGCGACGCAUCAGGAGAUGUCAAAUGUUUCGCAAGCUAUUAAAAACCUUGAACAGCUUAACCAAGAAGCAUCGGAAAAUAAUAAACAUUCAGCUGAGGCUGAAGCGUCAUUGCAUUUAGGAUUAUUAUACCAAAAGCAAGGACAGCCUAAAAAAGCUGUGGAAUUUCUUGAUAAACAUUUUAGCUUACACUCAUUUUUAAUACAGGCAAAUUUUUUUAUAUUAAAAGAAAUUAAAUAUUUUUAUUUUAUUAAAGAGUUAGCAAGAAAACUACAAGACCGCAGCUUAAUUGAUGCAGCAAGAGUUAAUCUUGGGAUAGCUCAAGCUAACUGUGCAAUAGAAAACUUUAUCGACGUAGUCGGUGGGAACUUAUCAGGGCUUAUACAAUGGAAAACCAAGCGUAGCAAAUUUUAA